UCGGCUGAGAAGUUAUUAAUUAAGAAAUUAUUAGAAAGAUAUAGUAAACAAGGAAGAUUUGGACGACCAGUAGUGAACACCUCUGAUAGCUUAACAGUUUAUUUUGGUUUAUCACUUAUUCAGAUUCUCGAUGUUGAUGAAACCAAUCAAGUUCUUAAAAGCAAUAUAUGG